UAGAUGACCCGGAAAUAAUUGGUUGGCAUUAGCAACGUUUCGGCCGAAUCGGCCUGGAAAGAGAGAUAUCAGAGGAAAGAAAAACACAAAGACAGAGCCUCCUUUUAAGCCUCAUAUUAGGAUUGUGAGGCAAGUGAAAUUAACAGAAUGACCAGCUCUUCUGCUCCUAGAAUGAACACAUACAAGAGGACUUCCAGUCCUCGGUCACCAACGAAUACAGGAGAGAUCUUCACACCAGCACAUGAAGAAAAUGUGCGAUUUAUCCAUGACACUUGGCUUUGUGUUUUAAGGGACAUUAAAUCCCCACACAAUAAUGAACGUAAUGAUCGAGGACCACAGGAGUAUGUGGAGAAAAACCCAAAUCCCAACCUAAAAUCUUUUAUACCGUUUGACCUGAGUGACCUUAAGAAGCGAAACACACAAGACUCAAAGAAGUCUUAGACCAUUUCCAUUUCUUCCUGAUCCAGCAGUUUUUGUCCUCCCCAUUACAUUUGGGACCUUUUUAACUAUACCAAUCUUAUGUCGCCAAAAGCCACAAGCCAGGAUAUUUCACCAUCUUUGUCCAAAAAGCCUCUCCUCUGCCUCAUGGACCUGUGGCCUGGACUUAAAGGCUGAUAUGUAUUUAUGAGUUAAAUUUUAGGAGCCUUUUGAGUGGCCAUUCCAUGCUCAUCUGGACUCUUUUUUUUCCUGAAUACAUGCAUCUUUUUUCACAGAUGAGGCCUGAUGUAAAUUUUUGAUCCUCGUUUUUGAGUUUAGAUUUUGUUUAUAGUUUUUUUCUUUUAUUUCUGCUGUUGAUAUGACAGAUGGCAAAGGCAAAGAACCGUUUACUGCUUCCACUAUUGGGCAAUCUCAACACAGACUUUCUCAAAAUGGGAUGCAAGAAAUUUAAUCCUUUUCUAAAGUUUCUACCCAGAGAAUAGUUGACAGUUCUGUUAGUUUGAUAGAUUGAUGAAGAGAAAUAGGACGGUUUGUCUUAUAGCACAGGCAAGUUUGGUUCGCCAAAUAUUUUAGUAGAUAUACUUCCAUUUUUUUAACUAUGAAUUGAUACCUUUGAUACUUUCAAAAACUUUGAGUAAAUGUUUUCCACAUCUUUCGUUCCCAGACUUUAAAAUAAAAUAAAAUAAAAUAAAGAUUACUUUUAUGUUA